GGGUGGCUAUGUCAACGUCUCCGGCGACAGGAAAUGGAACUUUCAUGUAUGGAACGAGGUAUGGAUGAGUCGCCCAGACCUGGGGAAACAGUUUGACGGGUGGCAGGCCAUUGAUGCCACGCCCCAGGAGGAAAGUGAAGGCGCGUUCUGUUGUGGUCCCGCCCCAUUGAAGGCCAUCAAGGAAGGGCUGAUCUACAUCGGCCAUGACACGCCCUUCGUGUUCGCGGAGGUCAAUGCGGACUUAGUGACUUGGGAAGAGGAUUCAGUGACCAGAAAACUCAAACAAGUGAAGCGGAUCAGGAACAUUAUUGGCAAGAAUAUCAGCACCCACAGUCCAUCCGUGAGUCACAGGUCGGGCUGCAGCGACUGGAUGUUCCGCGAAAGCAAGAGAUGUGCUCCGACAGGCCCAGGCGAUGUUCAGAAGGGACAAUCUGGAUGA